UCCAAUUUCGAAGCGAAGGAAACGCAAACGGCACCAAAGUUUCUAAGAAAAUGGGGAACCCCACAACGUGUCCCCAAUCCCAUUACCAGAAAAUCGAACAAAACGCAUCAGGUCAAUCUUCUACACCUUUUUUUAACAACAACCAAUAUUUACUCUCAUUCACAACAAUACCACUCUCAUUCAAACAAAAAACAAAACACAAACAUGAACAUGAACAUGAACAGCACAACCACUUCAAAUCCUAAGAAACAGUGUUUGAGCGUUGUUAAGGACGAGGUUGUUGGUGGUGGUGGUGGUGGUGGUGGAAAGUGGGAGAGUCUGAACCCAGAAAUAUUGGCUCUGAUAUUCACGCGGCUUUCAGCUGAGGAAAGGGUCGGAGUGUUGCCUGUGGUUUGCAAGUCGUUUGCGGCGUGUGUGCAUGGUCCUUAUUGUUGGGCUGAGAUUGACAUCGAUCAAUGGUGUCGCAAGAUGGACCGUACGGGUUUCCAAGUUGACUCGGCCGUACGGAAGCUCGUGCGGCGGACUAGAGGGACUGUGCGCCGCCUCUCUGCUUUCAAGGUUGGCGAUCCUGGCUUCGCUUAUGUUGCCAACUGUGGCAGAUUCCUUAGGGUAUUGCAGAUUCCUAUGAGUGAUGUCACUGACAAAAUGGUAGAGAGGCAUGCAAUUUCAUUUGAAAACAUGGCAGUCCUUGACAUCAGCUACUGUUUGAAGAUAACAUGCAAAGGGCUUGAAUCUUUUGGAAAGAACUGCAAGACCUUGGUUCACUUGAGGAGAAAUAUGCCCCUACCGGAGGUGUUGCCUAGUUACAAUGUGAAUGGGACGGGCAUCAAGCCUGAUGAUAGCGAGGCAAUGAUCAUAGCUGACACAAUGCCAGGACUUCAGCAUCUUGAGCUUUGUUAUGGCCGCUUUGGCGAUGUUGGCCUUGAGGCCAUUCUUGCUAAGUGCACGGCCCUUACACAUCUUGACAUUCGAGGGUGUUGGAGCGUGAAGUUGGAUGGUGAUCUUGAGGAUAGAUGCUACCAGCUUCAAGAGUUUAAGAGCCCCUGGCAUGAUGAGUUUGACAACGAGGCCUCCUCAGGUAGUGACAGUGAUGGAGCCAAUGCUGAUGUAGAAUCUUCCUCUGAUGAGGAUUAACUCAUGGUUUUGUGGUAAUCUUGACAUAACAAUAGGCCCCCCAAUAAACCUUCUUCACUCCCUCUUAGGAAGUAAUGCCAUUCCUAAAACUCAAAGUAAAUGCUUCUUGCUCUUCUUUCAUUUUCCUUUGACUUAAAUAGAAGUUUCUUUUACCUUUUUGCAAGAGUAAUUCUCUGU